AUGGGGAGUUAUUUAUCUUAGCCUGUAAAGACAAAGGAAUCUGAAGUGAAUUAAAAUCAAAAGUUCUAAUAUGCUUCAGUUUCUAUGUAAGGAUGGAGAACAAGUAUGGAAGAUGCCCAUAUCAAUAAUUUAGAUAUUGACAAUAAAGGUACUGCUCUUUUUGGUGUCUUUGAUGGUCAUGGUGGUAAAGAAGUUGCCUAAUUUGUUGCUUAGAAGUUCCAAUCUGAACUAGUCAAUAGUAAUGAAUAUAAAAGCGGCAAAUAUAAAGAAGCUUUAGAACGCACUUUCUUAAAAAUGGAUGAUCUUAUUAGGUCAGAAGAAGGUACCUCAGAAAUCGAUAACCCAAAUGCAGGAUGCACUGCUAACGUUGUGCUGAUUACAAAUGAUAAAAUUUACUGUGCAAAUUGCGGUGAUUCUCGUGCAAUUGUUUCUGUUAAGGGAACAGCAGUUGCUUUGAGUGAAGAUCAUAAGCCUGAUGAUGACAAAGAAAAGAAACGUAUUCAAAAAGCAGGUGGCGAAGUUUUCUAAGGUAGAGUCAAUGGAAAUCUGAAUCUUUCUAGAGCAUUAGGUGAUUUAGAAUAUAAAGUAAAUGAAAAAGAUUCCAAAAACACUGACCCUAAAGAUUUUAUAAUUACUGCUUUCCCUGACGUUACUGAUAGAGAAUUAAAUGCUGAUAUUGAAUUAAUUAUCCUUGGUUGUGAUGGUAUUUGGGAAUGCCGUUCCAACUAAGCAAUAGUGGAUACCUUCAAAAAUAAAUCUGUUAACUUGAAAGAUUAAUGUGAAAGAUUCCUCGAUGAAAUCUUAGCUCCUACAACUGCUGGAUAAACUAGUGGUCUUGAUAAUAUGAGUAUUAUUGUUAUUAGAGUUACUCAUUGA